AUUGGGAACAUGCAUUGAGGACACAAUGGAACGAAAGAAGCAUAUACACGGUAGUGCUUGGACUUAGGUGGAAAUCGCAAAGGGAAUUCGACCCCGACAAAAGGUCGCGCCGUGCUUCUGUGGCUUACGUACGAGAGUCAUGGAGGAAGAUAAUAAUACAAGCAGUAUAUCGUUAUGUUUAGACGGUACUUUAACAGGUCGACCGCUUCCGGGGUCUACGGGGUCUACUGGUAAAAGGGAACGCAUGGUAUCAAAAGCACUCUCAGUUCUCCGUGGCUCUACUAAACUUCAGCCGCGGAGAGGGAGUUCAUAUUCUCGGUUCGCUGACGAGGAGGACGAAGACGAUGAGGAUAGCGCAUCUCAGGACGACUCCGCCCUGCGCCGCCGCACAGGAACAGGCGCAGCAACUAUUUCCCGUAGAAGCAAGACCACUUCAGUAAUCCAAACAGCGGAGAGCCAGCGUCGGAACCCGCCUCGAGGGGAUUGGACACCGGCGGAGGAAGUCGUGCUCGCAUACAAGCAUAUGGAAGUUGGCAAUAAGUGGACAGCAAUUUCCAACUAUCUGCCGGCGAGGAGCGACAACGAUGUAAAGAACAUCUGGCACAGCACGCUGCGCUCUAAAAACGCCGAGCGCCGCUCCUUCCUGCGCACCUACGCCCUGGCGGUGCGCGACUGCGCCCACGACCCCGCAGCCCGACGGCAGGCCUACGAGGCGGCCACCCGCUCCUGCGGCCCGCCGCCCCCCCUGGAGGAGGCCUUGGCUGUCGUACAGCAGCAGCACCUGCAGCACCUGGCGGAGCAGCAGCAGCUGGAGGAGGAGGAGGAGGAGGGGGCGCUGCAGAAAGGGGGAGUGCAGCAGGAGGUGGUGACAGGGGGCCAGCAGGAGCAGGGGGGCGCCCUGCUGCCGGACAAGCACCAGCACCCGCACCCCUGCGGUCGACAACAGCAUGCACAAGAUCACCCUCGGCAGCAGCAGCAGCAGGAGGUUGAGGUUGAGGUGGUGAGGGAGGAGGAGCGGGAGGGCUGGCGUCCGGCGGGCAACAGGGGGCAGCCGCAGCAGCCCCAGCAGCCGCAGCAGCUGCGGUUGGUCAAGUCGGAGGUGCAGGAGCGGCUGCCGGCACUGGCGCCCUCACUGACGCAGCAGCCCUCGCGCUGGUCGCAGGGGGGCAUGCCGGCAGGCGGUGCUGCGGGGGCAGGCCCGGAGGGGGACGGCACCGGCAGCAGCAGCCGCACCGGUAGCGGGGAGGCGGGGGAGGCCGCCGUGGUGCGCUCCAUGGGCCACACCAGUCCCACUCCCUCGCCCCUGCCCAGCCACCCCCCGCCUCCGCACCACCCACCCCCCGGCGCCCCCCUCGCGCCCUGCUCCAGCCCCCUAGAGGCCCUAGACGCUGCAGCGGCCGCCGCGGGUGGGCUACCGCCCUACCAGUCCCUGCUGCUGCGUCCCCCGGAGGACCCCUCGUGCCGCCUGCUGCACCUGCCGCCCGCCGCCCUGCCCCUGCUGCCUGCCCCCCUGGCCUCCGCCGCCUCCUCCGCCUCCUCCCUGCCGCCCUCCUCCCGCACCAGCCGCGAACUGGACUCGCCCUGCCUCGUCCGCCUGUCCACCCUACACCUGGCGGACCCCCACCAGCAGCACCACUUGGUGGCCCGCCAGCAGCAGCAGCAACAACAACAACAGCAGCAGCUGAUGGGGGGAGGUGGAUUAGGCGCGCAGCAGGGACCGCAUGGCUUGGCAGGGCAGCAGCAGCCGUACCAGCAGCCCCCUGCCUUCCGGCCACUGUCGCCGCUAGGGCCCUCGGGUGACUCCCUGCUGCCCGGCUCCUCCUCCACACCUCUCUCCUCAUGCGAGCAGCCGGGCAACUGCGGUAACCUGCCUGGGCACCAGCAGCACCAGCAGCAGCACCCGCACCAGCAGCAGGGCCCGGCUCAGCAGCAGCAGCCCUCCCUGGACGGGCGCAGCAGCAGCACCACCUCGGAGCUGCUGCCUAGGCCGCCCACCCGCACCUCACAGCCGGGUGAGCAGCAGCAACCACUUGGCCACCCACCGCAGCAGCAGCAGCAACAACAACAACAACGGCAGCAACCCGCGUCGCUGCUUAUGGCUGGGUUAUUACAUGGCAGCGGCGGGGCUGCUGUUACCGGCCCCCGUGGCCCCGGGGGCAGUGCGGGGGAUUUGGAUGAGCUGUUGGGUUUGGGUUUGGAAAUGAGUGCGGAGGAGCUGGGGGCGCUGGUGCGAGGGGGCGGUGGGAGCAGCGCGGCAGCAGGGGGGCAGCAGCAGCAACUGCAGCUGGCGGGGACGAGGAGCGGCCGACUGCAGCAGCAGCAGCCGUACAGGGUUGUGUCUCCCCCGCCGGUCCCCGCACCCGCACCCAGCGCAGCCCCACCCGCCUCCCUCUCCUCCCGCUUGCUGCCCCAGCGCUCCUCACCCCACCAUCAUCAACAGCAGCAGCAGCAACUUCCAGACGGCUGGCCGCCCUCCCACCACCACUACCAGGCCUCAUGCAACCCGGCAGGCGGACUCGCGGGUCGCUCCUCCGGCCCCCUCAGCGGCCCCGCUCCGGUCUUGUGCCUCGAGCUGCCGCCGCAGCUGCAGCCGCCGCUUCCCGCCCACCAGCGGCCCGAGCACCAGCACGGCAUGCCUCCUUCCAUGCAACUCUUACAGUCCAUGCAGCCCUCCUCCCAAGACCAGCACCAGCACCAGCAACAAGCCGGUGUGCUAGACGCAUUACUACCUGACCUGUUGCUGCCCGACCCACGGGUCCAGAUGGUGCUUGGCGCCGGCAGCCAGCAGCGGCAUUCUUCGCAGCUACUUGCAGGAGGGACGGCAACAUCAGUACCGGGAGGCAGCCGUGCGGCUGCAGCCUUCGCCUCCUUGCAGCCCUUCUCGCCAAACCCUUUCAAACAGCAGCAACAACACCAGCACCACCACCACCACCACCAACAGCAGCUCCAACUUCAGCAGGGAGAGGAGGAUCCGCGGGGAUUGAGCCUAAGGGCGCUGCAUGGGAACGGGCAGGGCGCCGGGAGCUUCCGCGGCAGCCUGGAGGCUCUAGCCUGUGGGAGCGGCGGGAGCGGGCAGUACGGACCCAUGGGUCUGUCCGCAGCCGCUUCCGGGACGGGACUGGGGCUGGGUCUGGGCGCUGCUGCUAGCGGCGGCGGCUAUGGCGAGCUGCCUAGUUUGGUGAGCUGCUCGUCUGUCCCAACUUGGGACCUGUUUAGUUCAGGCCGGCAACCUUUCCUAGACGGGGCGCGCCUCACGCACCCGCACCACCUGCUCAGCAGCGGUGGCGGCGUCCCCGGCCCCGGCCUCCUCGCACCCUGUCUGGGCGGUGGUGGCGGCGGCGGCGCAGGCAGCAACCCCAGCAGCGGCCUGCUCUCCCCACCCGUGCUGGCCCCGCACGGCGGCUGCUGCUCGGCGAUGCUACCCGGGUUGCUAAGCGCGGAGCAGAUCUCGCCCUUCACCGGCGUCCCGCCGGCGGCGCCGCUUAGCUGGGGGUCGGGUCUGCUGCGACCGGGCGGCAGUCUGGGCGUGACGGCAGCAGGCAUCAUGGAGGCGGAGGGAAGUGCUGCUGCUGCUGCUGGUGGCGGCGGCGUCGGCAGCAGCGGGGGUCGUACGCUAAGCUCGCCGUCGCCCUUUUGCUGCGAUACUGCGCAGAUGGCUCGGCUGCGUGCGGCCGGCAGCACGGGUGGCGGCGGCGGCGGCGGUGGCUGCAUGACGGUGCCUGGAUUCGUUCUGCAGUCCUCGCCCCGAGCAGGCGGCGGCAGCGGCAGCGGUCUGGUGUGUCGCGCCGGCGGCGUUGGCGGCGGCGGCGGCGGGGGGCUCAGCAGCUUGGUUGGGGAGUUGUCCUCGCUGGCUGCCCCCGCGGAGGUUGACGUGGUAACCAUGGGGUUGGACUCUGGGGAUCUGUUGGAGUGCAUGGAUUGCGAGCCGGCAUCAGCAGCAGCGGCAGCAGCGGGGGGCGGUGCGGCGCUGGUAGGGGAGCUGGGGAUGCGGG